CAACACAAAGCGAUUCCACUUUUUUUUUUUAUUUUUAUUUUUUAUAUAUAAUCGGUACACUACAGAUUAAGCCAUGGCUUUUCCUAAGGCUCCCAUGAUGAUGGUCAUCAUCAUCAUCGCUUCCCUUGUUACACUUUCCCUUGUUUACGCUGCUCAAGUGCCGCAGAUUGACAGCAGCACGGGUGGUCGCUCUCUUCUCCAAAAUAAUGAUAUAGAUUGCAAGUCUGCAUGCGACGCGAGGUGCGCGGAAACGAAGAGGCGAAAUUUGUGCAAGAGAGCAUGCGGGACAUGCUGUGAGCGGUGCCACUGCGUUCCUCCGGGCACUUCCGGCAAUGAGGAUGUCUGCCCCUGCUAUGCCAACAUGACCACUCACGGCGGCAGACACAAGUGCCCUUGAAUCCCUUUUAAAAGAAUGAAAAUUUUUUACAGCACGACAACUUCAGAGAUAGAUAGAUUGUGUACAUGCAUAUAAUAGUUUCCUGUCAUCGGUGUUUUCUCUUCUUCGUCGGAUCAGAUAUUAAGUACUGCUACUAUUACUGUGUGCGUGUCCAAUAAAGGAGAAAUAGAUACCUACCGUGCUUUCUUUCAUUCAAAUGCUAUCUUUAGUUGUGAU